AUGGAAGGACGUCAGCUCUGUGUCUUCCAUGCCUGCAGCUCCCGGGAUCUCCCGCUCUACAAGAACACUGAGCAACCCUUCAGAGACAACUUGGGAAUGGUGGUCGUGCCGAGCAGCGACGAGGAUUUCCUGCUGGAAAAUCCGUCCCACCUGUCCUACCUCUCCGAGGACAUGGUGGAUGUCUCCCAAAUCGAGCAGAAGCUGCUUCCGACGCUUCGGGAAGGAGACUUGCAGGCAACGGUGCAGUUGCUGGGAGCAGCCGCCGCACGUUUCCUGCUGGCCCCGAGCAACGGCGAGGGCGAUCUGCAGGCAGACUGUGUCAAGCUCGGAGCAAAACGAAUUGGCGCCACCUUGCUUGCAAAGACGAGGGAGGAUGUCAAAGGGACCUUCCAGCGAGCCCUAGGCCCUGAGGGCGUCCUGAAGGUGGAGGACUUGCGCAAGUUCCUGCAAUGCAUCGACCCGACGCUUAAGGAGAAGGAAGCCAAUGCACUGGACAAGCAAAUGUGUCGCCAGUCCUCGGAAGGCGACGAUGGAGCUCCGUCAAAUCCCCAGCUUCGAUCAGCGGCAGUUCUGUGGAUGUUCUCCCCGUGCGCUUCCCUCAAUCAAGAAGAUGAGGAGUGGUCCGGCUUCUUGGCACAGCGACAAGCGGAGCAGGAUGCCUUUGUUGAACAGCUGCUGCAGCGGAUGCCCCGCCAGCAUGUGGACGAGAAGCUCUCCGGUUUCUCGGACUCCUCGCCGAGCAGAUCUGAAGAAAGUCACCCUCAGACCGGCUCGGCUGUGCAGCUGCAGCCGAUCAGGUCUGAGAAGAUGAUGGUUUUCGAAGACUUCGCCACGGAAGCAGCGACGCGAAUGAAGCAGUUCGUUGGAGACGAGGAGAGCGAGGUGAGCCAUUCCCAGAGCACCAGCCACAGAAGGAUUGGCAGCACGCACUCUCGAGGAAAAAGCACCGUCUCUUCCGAGGAAGAUAAUGAGCGGCUUCAUUCUGUCCGCGAGUUCGAGAAGAGGACCUCGGCCAUGGAGAACGUCUUGUUUGCCAUGGAAAGCAGCCACAGGCUCAGGCGAUGGUUCAACCGCAUUCCCUGGGGACCAAGGAUAUUGCAGUCUAUCAUCUCUUGGACCCGUUGGCUCUGCAGCCUGCAUGAACCCGAAAGACGCGGCUGUUGUCAAGCCAUCCUUAACAGCACCCUAUUCUGCUCUUUCUGCACGCUGGUGAUCCUUGCGAAUGUGCUCGUCAUUCUGUACACGGCUAAUUGGACACUGGAGAACGAAUCCUUCGACGUUCCAUAUGCAGUGUCAGGUCUAGAUAUCUUUUUCUGUGCGGUGUACCUUGUUGAGUCUGGCCUGAAGAUCCGUGUCCACAAAGCCUACUUCUUCUGGAACGAGGAGGCUCCUUGGAACGUCUUCGACUUGAUACUGGUAAUACUCGCGACGUACGACCUGGUCGUCUCCUUGCAGUACGAUGACGGACAUUCCGCCAACAUGAACUUCAUGAGGUCCUUGAGAGUGGUCAAGGUGUCGCGCAUCCUCAGGCUUGUCCGGGUCAUCCGGGUAUUCCGAGAUCUGCGGUGCAUGCUGUUCUCAAUUGUCUGGUCCUUCAGUUCUCUUUUCUGGUGUUUGGUGCUCAUCUUCUUUGUCAUUCUGGUGUUCUCACUGCUGAUUGUGCAGUUGGUCACUGAGCACAUCGUCGAGAAGGAUGUGGAUGGCCUCGUCAAAGAGGACUUCCUUUACUACUUCGGCUCAGUGCAGGCGACCAUGGCGACUCUAUACCAGGCGUGCACUGGUGGAGUGGACUGGAGAAAUCCUUAUGAGCUGCUAGAAUACACUGGCGAGAUGGGCGCUGUUGCCUUCCUCUUCUAUGUGGCAUUUUUCGAGUUUGCGGUCUUUAACGUCCUGACGGGCGUCUUCGUGGAUCAUGCAAUGAAAGUGUCUGCAGCCGAUCGGGAGUUGGCCCUGGCGGAGCAGAAAAAGAAGGAGAGGACAGAGGCAGAGCGCUUGCGAGACACCUGUCGCAUCAUCGAUGCGGAUGGAGAUGGCAAGAUCUCCUGGGUUGAAUUCCAUGACUUCCUGCAGUUCGAAAAUGGCUACCGGAACAUGGCUUCCCUGGGUCUUGACAUCUUCGAUUCCAAGAAAUUCUUCAAGAACUUGAUGGUCAUGACGAACCAGCGGGAGAUCGAGAUCACACAGUUUGUUUCUGGCUGCAUGCGCAUGAAAGGUACUGCUACCGGCAUUGACCUGCACACGUUAGUCGCCGAGCUCUCCACCUUCCAGCGCCGGCAAGAGCAGCUCCAGGAGAUGGUCGCAUCGAUGCUGAGGGAUCGUGCGAUAAGGUUCCGCUCAAACGACAGGAUGAGCAGCAUCGUUGCAACGCCGGUGUCGCAGGCUGGGGCGAGCGAUCCAACGAUGUUCGCCUCGCACAGCAACGCGUCGCUGUCCGAAAGGAGCAACAGCCAGGGCCUUGUGGUCGCAAUCCCAUCAGAAGGUGCCAGGGGUAUCGAUGCAACGCCGUCGAAGCCGCUGCGUGCAGGUGGCCUCCGAAAGUCCAGAUCGGAGCUGAGUCAAAUAUCCGACGGCUUCCUUUCGCUGGAUUCUGUCCUUCCACGGGCUCAGGAGGAUGAAGUCGGCAGCCAGCGGUACAAGCUGCAGAUAUGA